AGGGCGAGUCUUUGUCCAGGGAGUGUGCAGCUGGGGCUUCAUCCUGAGCCCUACGCAGAACUUCUCUCUGCCCAUCUCUGCUCUCUGCUCAGCUCAAGCCUCUGAGACUCGUGACCAUGGGGACACUGGCUCUCCUUGGCGUCCUUUCCUUGCUGGCUCUGCAGGCCCAGGGUGAGCCUCUCAGAGUCAUGUUUGAGGCAGCUGCAGCCCAGGAACCCCUGGAGGGAGAUGGCCAAGUCCCGUCCAUCUCUCUGUUUGAGGAUGACAGUUCUGUGCUUCAAGAUUCAGGGGUCCAGGCCGGACGAAACUGUUACUGCCGAAUAGGAGCCUGCCAGGGUGGGGAACGCACUUUGGGCACCUGCAUUUACCGCAACCGCAUCUACAGAUUCUGCUGCUGAGCCUCGUGUGCAACAGAAAAUGAGAUUGUAAUCUUCUCUGAAAGGUGGUGUCUCCCAGCCCAUGUACCCCAUUGCUUUCCCCACCCUAAAUAAAUCAUCACAGAAAGGGCAGCGCA